AUGCACAACCGUUCGGCCCCCAGCCGGCCCACCACGCGCCUGUCCUCUUGCCACCCACCUAUCCCUCUCUCAGCACCGUUCACGUCCAGUCCGGCUUCCACGGCAUCAGCACCGCUCGGCCCGCCACCGCAGGCACCCCUUCGCUCUUCGUCUUCAAGACGGCCGGAGCGCAAUGGCGUCCCACCCGCCAAGGACAUCUUCAAGACACCCACCCUCGGUAUCACCACCACCAUCAAGCGAAGGCUCGUCAUACGACCUCUCAAGCCGCGAUGCGAGCAGUCCCAUUCGCGGCCCGAUCCUUCUGCUGCAGCAGUGAAGAUGACCACUGACGCAGCGGCUGGCCCCUCUGUCGCACUCAGCCGACCCGGUCUCGAAGGGCAAAGCAACCUCGCCGAGUCGGUCCCGAAGCCCACACCCGUGCCCUCGUCCACCACCACCAAGGCGCGGGACACGCAGGCACAGCCCGUUUUACCCUCACAUACCAUCAUAAAGCCGGCUUUGGCUGCGCAGCGGCUCAGCGCUGCACCGGCAAUGCCCGCCACCAGCCUCGUCCAGGCUGCCUCGGCCAGCAGCAGCACACGUGCACCGUCACUACAACUGCCGGCAAAACCCAAGCCCAUCAAGAUCGUUCCGGGAGAGAAUCGGCCCCCACCUGCGGCAGCCACGGCAGCCACGGCAACCACGCAAAGGAGAGGCAAGGGCCGCAGUAACAAGUCGUGGACCGACCAGGUGGCUGCCAAGCUUGGUCAGGCGGGUGCGCUGGCAAUACCCGCCCCAAGCAUAGACCGAGCCACCGAGCUCAUCCAGCACCGAUCCACGCAGUGGCAGGCCGUACCUGAUGACCAGGCGGAGGUGGUAUCUCUGCCGAUCAAGCCCACGCCCACAGCCAGGAGGUCUGCGAGCCUCGGUCGCAAGCGCAAGUCAAGCGAGCUAGCCAGGCCACCGUCGCCGACCUGGGCAAACAGAAGCACCAGGGAGGCCAAGGUGAUCAAGCUCAGCGAGCUCGUGCGGCAGCUCGAAGAGGAAAAGAGGGAGCUCGAAGGGUGGGAGCAGAGAGGCCCCGACAUCGAGGCCGGACGCGUGCCCGGCAUGGCCGCCGCGAGCUGGCCGACCGCACCCGGCAAGAGCAUCAAGGAGGCCAAGGUCAUGAAGCUCAGUGAGCUCGUGACGCAGCUCGAGCAAGAGGGCAGAGAGCUCGACGAGACGAGGCAGAGAGCCGCGGAGCUCGAAGCCGGGCGGGUGCCUGGCAUCGCGAGCAUCACCUGGCCGAGCCCGUGGACACAGCAGCAUCACGGCGCCGGCUCGCCAAGCUCAACCUCGUCCGACCGCCUCGGGUCACCGCACGCCAAGAAGGCGAGGACCGAUGCCCAAGGCGACCCGCACGGCGCCGCCGACUCGUCCGUCGCGACGUCGGCGCGCCUGCACGCCCGACGGAUGAACUUGGUGGCCAAGCUGCUCAAGGACGUGCCUCUCUUUACCGACCGGUGCCUCGAGUGCGACAAGCCGUCGCCGCGCAGCUGGUCGAGCUUCAGCUGCCCGCACUGCCCGUCUGUGCGGCGGCGGGACGAGACGUUGGACCUCGACGCUGCGCUGCCGCCCCCGCGCAUGGAGAUCGCCUACACGGGUUUCCGAGCCGACCUGGGCGGUGCCUGCAUUGCGCUUGGCGAUGUCACGGGGUCCAAGGUGGGCGGCGUGGUCCGUGACGGGCGUGACGAUGAAGAGGGCGAGGGCGAGGGUGACGAGGUCGAGGGGAGCUGCACGCGUCGGACGUGGAAGACGUGGGACGACGGCGUGACGACGUGCGAGUACGAGAUUGCCGUCCGGGCCGGUGGGAUGCCGUUCGAGGGCGACGGCGAGCGUCGACGCGAGAGCCAGAGCGGGCGGCGGAUGAGCAGCGUGGGCGUACGCCACGCGCUCCCGCCCCAUCGCCAGCCCAUCGAUGCCGACGACGGCCGGCUGAGCUGGGAAGAACGCAAGAGGAAGCUGCUGCACGACCUCGUGGCGCCGCAGAUGGGCUACGUGCUGCAGACGGCACCGCGGUGCUUUUCGCUGCGUUUCGCGCCCGGCGGCGGCGAGGUGGAUCGGGAUGCGUUCGCGUCCCUCCUUCCUCAUCCCCCAUCAUCGGCGGGGACAGGAUCGACACGGGGGACGUAUACAGACGACGACGGCGAGGACGAGGGGAUGCCAGAAUGCCUCUACGAUGCGUGCGAGUACAUCAACGACCUCGUCUCCCGCUCCCCCUUUGUCUCCCGCCGCGACACCUCGGACCGCGGUACGACGCAACCCUACUUUUGCGCCGGCACCGUCGUCGUCGGGUACGAUCUCAAGAUGGUUUUCAACACCAAGAUCCUCCCCUCGCUCUCGCUCUCCCCCUCCUCGUCGAUCUACGUGGAUGAGGGGCCAGGAGGAGGGGGGAGGUACAUCGGGCUGCUGUCGCUGGGCAGCCCAUCGACAUGUGCCGUCCACCUCCUCCCGCCAUCUCCUCAUCAUCGUCGUCCUGCUGCUGGACCGACGACGAAGAGACGCAUGACAAAGGUCCCGACGUCGUCUUUUGGACCGCCCUCCUUGUCUCCAACGACAACGACAACGACGACGACGACGACGACGGCAAAGACGAACCCUAAACCGGUGCUGUCGCUGUGCAUGUCGAGCGGCGACUGCAUCAACCUCGAGGAUUCCCUCUGGAGCCGCUGUCAGGUCUCGCUGUCGGCGCGGGGCCUCGCCGUCUGGAUCCUCUUUCACUCUCCCGCAGACGCAGACGCAGACGCAGACGCUCCUCCCUAG